AGAAGAAGAAGAAGUGGCGAGCUUCUCAGUACAGAUACAGCUUAUAACGGCCAAAGCAAUGAGGGAGCAACAGUGUCAUUUUUAUGGUGCUUCUUAGUUUAUUGUGUCUCUAACAGACCAACCCUGCCCAAGGAUGGAUCCUGUAGUGCUGAGCUACCAGGACAGCCUGCUGAGGCGCUCUGAUGUGUCCUUACUGGAAGGACCUCACUGGCUUAACGACCAGGUCAUUGGUUUUGCCUUUGAAUACUUUGCUAAUGAGCGCUUCAGAGUCCUGGGAGAUGCUGUUGUCUUCAUUAGCCCAGAGGUCACCCAGUUCAUCAAGUGUGCCUCUUGUCCUGAUGAGUUGGCCCUCUUCCUGGAGCCACUGGAUCUCCCUUCUCGUCACUGGGUCUUCUUAGCCGUUAAUGACAACUCCAACCAGACAGCCGGAGGGUCCCACUGGAGCCUCCUGCUCUACCAUCAUAACACCAAACAUUUUGCACACUACGACUCUCAGAAUGGCAGCAAUUCUCUGCACGCGCGGCGCAUCGCCAGCAAGCUCGAGCCCUUCCUCGGUGCUGGGAGAAAAAGGUUUGUGGAGGAGCCCUGCCCGUCGCAGCAGAACAGCUAUGACUGUGGCAUGUACGUUAUCUGCAUUGCUGAGGCCUUGUGUGAGAAGGUCAGGCUGGAGGGCUCGCCCCGCCUUACCAUGCAAGCCAUCACCCCAGCCUACAUUACCCAGAAGCGAGCCGAAUGGUGCAGACUGAUCCAGAGUCUGGCUCAGAACGACCUCUGCUGCUCUUUCCCCUAGCACGUUUACUGGAACUUUUUAUGGAUGCAAAACUGCGCUCCUCACAUCUACUUCUGAAGAAACCCAAUGCACUCCUCGCACACAGCAUAUAAGUACAUAUUUAAUACAUUUACCUUACAGAUAAAGUUCUAAAAAUGCUUCAGAGAAGAGUGGUGUGUUGUUUCUUCCAGUGUAUAUGCACAGCUACAUUCAGUAUUUAAUCAACACCAGCAUGCCUAUAAACCGAAAACGUGUAAAUGCUUCGUGAGCUUGGAGAAUGUGCCAUGUGGAACAGGAAGCACUGAACCUUUUAUCUUGUUGGUGUGAGGUGAAUGUAGAAAUGUUUACACAGAUUAUUGCUCAGGGUCAUUUUAAGUGAACUGAAUUGACUAUAAGAAUGUUCUACUAACGC